CGCUCAGAUCUACUGAGAGAGGGUCUCACUCUCUCCAUCACUCUCUCUCUCUCUCUCUCUCUCUCUCUCCCCCCGAGCUUCCCUGCCUUCAACAAUGCCGGCGACGGACACAGACUUCGAUCUCAGACCGUCACCUCAGUCCGCCAUUCCAAUCGGAGAGUUCGCAUUUGCCGAUGUGGGGAAUUUGGAGCAUUGCAUUAAGUAUUUGAAUCAGACACUUGUUACCUUCGGAUUCCCGGCGUCACUUGAUCUCUUCGCAAAUGAUCCGGUUUCUGUUGCUCGGACUUGCAAUUGUAUUUAUGCUUUGGUUCAGCAGAGACAAAGGGAUGUUGAAUUUCGAGAGUCCACUAACGAACAGAGACAGCGGCUGGUGUCUGACAUAUCAAGAUUAGAAGCUAAAGUUGAGAGGCUUGAGGGGCAGUUACAAGUGAAAGAUAGGGAGAUAGCAACAAUGACACGAACGGAAGCCAAAGCUACAGCAGCUUUUAAGGCCCAAAUUGAGAAGCUACAGCAGGAGCGAGACGAGUUUCAGAGGAUGGUCAUUGGCAAUCAGCAAGUUAGGACUCAACAAAUGCAUGAGAUGAAGAAAAAAGAAAAGGAGUACAUAAAGUUGCAGGAGAGGCUAAACCAAGUGUUGAUGGAGAAAAAGAAGGAAUCUAGAUCAGGCAUGGAGAUAAUGAAUUUGCUUCAGAAAGAAGGGAGGCAGCGUGGAACAUGGAAUGGAAAGAAGGCUGAUAAUGAUUUUCACAAAAAGAUUGUGGAUGCUUAUGAGGCAAAAAAUCAAGAACUAAUGGCUGAGAAUUCCGAUUUAAAGGCAUUAUUACGAUCCAUGCAGGUUGAUAUGCGCGAUUUCAUAAAUGCUCCAAAUGGGUUCUCCAAGCAGUCCCGGGAUGUAAAUGAACGAGUUGAAACUGACCACACUCUGUCUCCACUGGGCGGGAGGACGGAUGUCUUUGACUUACCUUUUCACAUGGCUAGAGAUCAAAUAGAAGAAAAUCUUCGAAAUAAGAUGGCUUCCAUAAAGGAGCGCAUGGUUCAAUUGCAAGAUGCACAAAAAGAAGCAGAGGUUACAUCUGAAGUAACCGAGAGGGAGCUUGAGCUUGAAGCUCAACUUGUUGAGGCGAGGAGCAUAAUCCAAGAGCAGGCAUCCAUAAUGUCUAAACAAUUGGCUAAGUCCGAGAGGCCAAGGAAUCUGAAUGGCAGCCAUUUUAAUUCUGGCGGGGAAUCUAAUAUUUCAUCACCUGCUGAGGGGGUAAGAAACUAACGAACCUGGUGACACCGAAUUCUUUUGGCCAAUGUCAAAGAUUGUUGAAGCUGGCUGUACUAUGGUGAGAUAAAUGACAAGAAGCAUGUAAACUAUUCUGUACUUGUUUUCUGACCGGAGUAUUCCGAACACUCAUUCCGCGACUGUAACGUAGAAGACUGUUAAUCUGUAUUGCCAAUGUAAUUAUUAUCUAGCUUUCCUUGUGGAUAUAUGCCUCAAGCAGUUUAAUCGAGUUUUAUGAUUACCUUUGACCCGAGA